GGUUUUUCGUAAAUCCAAUCCAUUGACGUCACCUCUCCUACCACGUGCCGCGGCCAUGGCGACGCAUGCGAGCGUGUUGCAGCACCGGUCACGGUCUACGAGAAGAGAGGCCGGCGGCACGCCGGCCCAGGGCGAGCGCCGCCGGCGCCGCCGGCUCGAGCGGACGACGUGGGCUCCCGCCGCCGAGGCCCAUCUGAGGAGGCCCACCCGCCACGCGGCCCGCGCCGAAUCCGACCAACUCCCACCCCGGUCUGGCGGUUUUGGACUUGGCACGGCGAGCCGGCGACCGUCUCCGGCCAACUCCUCCAUUCAUGUCCAUGCCAAGGUGUCGCGCAUCCAUCCAUCCGAUCCGGUCCAAUCCGCGGCAGAAUCCGGCCAUUUCCGUUGCUGGAUUCUCCAUUCUACAAAGAAAAGCGAGAGAUAUCAAUCCGACCAUGGAGAUGCUCCCCCUGCCUGUUCCUGUGCAGUUACCGAAAAGCUAUGAAGAGAACAAGGAGUGGGGGCGACGACUCGAUUUCAUCUCCCUUUCCCGCUGUCGUGUCGACCCAUCGGUGGAUCGCCGGAAAAAGGAUAAAGAUUAGCGCUUUCGACAAAGCUUUCACGUGCAUCCUCCUCAUCUGAUUCGUUGCAAAUCCAAGCCCAGAUUUCCUCCACUCUCUCUUUCUUCUUCUUUUUUUUCACCUGAUCGAUCUGGCCGUGCGUGCAAUCUAUUCUUGGGGUCUUUGAUCGUGUUUGGGUAUCUCAAGUUCUUUCUUUUCUGAACCCGCAAAGGCGCCACCUUUCUUGCUGCUUCGGUUUGCUCGGAGACCGGCGAUCAUGGCGGCGGCGGCGGUGGAGGCCGAGCAGGUGGUGGCGGACCUCCGGGAGAGGUGCGCGACGCCGGCGUCGCUGCUGCGGGAUGUGGCGUCGGCGAUGGCCGACGAGAUGGGCGCCGGCCUGGAGGAGGAGGGUGGGAGCAGGGUCAAGAUGCUACUCUCCUACGUCGAUAAGCUCCCCACUGGGAGAGAGGAAGGAUUGUUCUAUGGGUUGGACCUAGGAGGAACAAACUUCAGGGUCCUCAAGGUGCAGCUUGGCGGCAACAAGAAGCAUGUCGUCAACUCUGAAUCCAGAGAAGUCACCAUCCCACCACACCUGAUGUCAGGGACCUCCUCGGAAUUAUUCGGUUUUAUUGCUUCUGAGUUAGCCAAGUUCGUUGCUGAUGAAGAGGAGAAUGCUAAUGCUAACUCAUUAAAUGGCAAGAAACGAGAGCUUGGAUUCACGUUUUCUUUUCCGGUGAGGCAACGAUCUGUUGCAUCGGGUACCCUUGUCAAGUGGACAAAGGCAUUUUCCAUUGAUGACGCUGUAGGUGAAGAUGUAGUGGCUGAACUACAAACUGCUAUGUCGAAACAAGGUCUGGACAUGCAUGUAGCUGCAUUGAUUAAUGAUGCUGUUGGAACGUUGGCUGGAGCAAGAUACUAUGAUGAAGAUGUUGUCGCAGGUGUGAUAUUUGGUACCGGCACAAAUGCCGCAUAUGUUGAGAGGGCAAAUGCUAUACCAAAAUGGGAAGGAGAGUUGCCCAAUUCAGGAGAUAUGGUCAUCAAUAUGGAAUGGGGUAAUUUCUAUUCAUCCCAGCUUCCGGUUACUGAAUACGAUCAAGAAUUAGAUAAAGAAAGCUUGAAUCCUGGAGAGCAGAUAUAUGAGAAGUUAACGUCAGGAAUGUAUUUAGGUGAAAUUGUAAGAAGAGUUCUACUUAAACUGUCCUUGCAGUCUGGAAUUUUUGGUGACAUAGAUGACUCCAAACUCAAAGCUCAUUUCCAUCUACGGACUCCACACAUAUCUGCAAUGCACCAUGAUGAAACACCUGACCUGAACAUUGUGGCUGAAAAAUUACACCAAAUCCUACAGAUUACAAACACAUCCUUAGAGACACGGAAAAUGGUUGUCAAAAUAUGCGAUAUUGUAGCAAGGAGGGCAGCUCGGCUGGCUGCUGCCGGGGUUGCAGGGAUCCUGAUGAAGCUUGGAAGAAAUGGCUGCGCCAACACCCAGCGAUCGGUCAUCGCCAUUGAUGGAGGUUUGUUCGAACACUACACCAAAUUCAGGGAAUGUUUGGAGAGCACGUUGGGUGAGUUGCUGGGAGAUGAGGCUUCCAAGUCGGUAGCCGUCAAACAUGCAAACGACGGGUCAGGAAUUGGGGCUGCCCUUAUUGCAGCCUCCCAAUCUCAAUGAGAAAUUGCUACAUAUGCAUAUGGUAAUUUGCCGUCCCUUUUUGUUGUGGAGUGAAAAAACAAAAUGAAAAAACCUAGCUCUGUUGUAUGAUAUCUACUGCUUCACCAUGCUGGAAGCCUGGAACUGAAAGCAGCCUUUUUCACCAGAAUGAGGCUUGAUAAUGUCAUCUUGCACAGUUGUAAGUACAAAUAAAAUGCGAAUUCACAUGCCUCAUAAAAUGUCUCCCUUUCUAUCAU